GCCCUCUGCCGCCGAGCGCGCGCGACGCGUCGGGUCAGCGCACGUGAGUUUCCCCUCAGCCGGCGUCCGUCGGUUCGCUCGCGCGCGCCGCCCGAGACGCACGCAGAACGGAGCGGGUUUACCGGAAUACGGUCGGAACGGCGUCGCGGGACGAGCGUUUCCCCGGACGAGCGCCGAGGAGCCCGGGUCCGCCGUGAAUCAGGUGUGUAGGUGUCCAGUGGGAUACUACAGCAAUGACUGUGUGUCAAUCACAGCAGCGGUUCGUGACCAAUCAAAAGUGGAUAGGGCGGAGCCAGUUUGAUGACUGACAGGCGAGACUUCCACUCCAAUUCUGAGCCCAGCCCCCUCUCUUCAGCUCAGCGAUGGUCACAUAGAAGCACAGACACAAUUCUGUUGCGCUCCUUUCACAUCUCAAUCAUGUAGACUGAACUUUAUCUAUCGGUUUUCCUUCCUUGGGCUGUGUGUUUGUAUUUGUGUGUGUGUGAUGCUCGGCGCGCUCCGCCUGCGCCGUCUCGUUCGCCAGGUGCCGCUAGAGACCAGCUUCAUCUUCCUCUUCCUCCUGUGCGCCCUCAGUGUCUUCCUCUCUUCCUACUUCCUGUUUGUCGUCAAACGAGAGCUGGAGCCGUCGCUCGCAGCGGGACGCGCCGCCGAUGACCUCUACGUGACCCCAAACCGGCCCCUCCCAUUCCUGUCCGGAGCGGGCGGGAUGCCGUGGUCCGACGGCUCUCGGACGGAUCCGGUCGUGCUGGUGUUCGUGGAGAGUCCGUAUUCUCAGCUCGGACAGGAGAUCGUGGCCAUCCUGGAGUCGGCGAGGUUUCGCUACCGGACGGAAAUCUCUCCCGGAAAAGGAGACAUGCCCACAUUAAUGGACGGAAAGCGGGGCCGCUUUGUGCUUAUUGUUUACGAAAACAUCUUGAAGUAUGUGAACAUGGACGCCUGGAACAGAGAGCUGUUGGACAGAUACUGUAUCGAGUUUGGAGUGGGAAUGAUCGGCUUCUUUAAGGCCAAUGAGAACAGUCUGCUGAGCGCGCAGCUGAAAGGAUUCCCGUUGUUCCUGCGCUCCAACCUGGGUCUGAAGGACUGUACGGUCAACCCUAAAUCCCCUCUGCUGCACGUCACACGAGCACCACAGGUGUUUAGUGGUCCUCUCCCCGGGGACGACUGGACCGUCUUCCAGUCCAAUCACUCCACCUACGAGCCGGUUCUGCUGGCUAAAACCCGCUCGGCCGAGAGCGCUGGACUCAUGCACACGUCCGUGGUUCAGGAUCUUGGCCUUCACGACGGCAUCCAGAGGGUUCUGUUCGGACACAACCUCUCCUUCUGGCUUCACAAGCUGGUGUUUGUGGACGCUCUGUCCUUCCUCACCGCUAAGAGACUGUCUCUGUCCCUCGAGCGCUUCAUACUGGUGGACAUCGAUGAUAUAUUUGUGGGAAAGGAAGGGACCAGGAUGAAGGUGUCAGAUGUGAAGGCGCUGGUUGAAACUCAGAAUGAGCUGCGGAAGUCGAUUCCAGAUUUCACUUUUAACCUGGGCUUCUCAGGGAAGUUCUUCCAUGCAGGUACUGAUGAGGAGGAUCGGGGUGAUGAUCUGCUGCUGUCGUACGUUGAUGAGUUCUGGUGGUUUCCUCACAUGUGGAGUCACAUGCAGCCGCACCGCUUCCAUAACCAGAGUGUGUUAGCAGAGCAGAUGAUGCUGAACCGCCGCUUCGCUGAGGAUCACUCCAUCCCGACUCAGCUGGGUUAUGCAGUGGCUCCUCAUCACUCCGGCGUGUAUCCUGUCCACAUCCAGCUGUACGAGGCCUGGAAGCGUGUGUGGGACAUCAGAGUGACCAGCACCGAGGAGUACCCACACCUCAAACCCGCUCGGUUCAGACGCGGAUUCAUCCACCGUGGCAUCAGAGUUUUGCCCAGGCAGACGUGCGGUCUGUUCACACACACCAUCUUUCAUAAGGAGUACCCCGGCGGGCCGCAGGAGCUGGAGCGGAUCAUUGACGGAGGGGAGCUGUUCCUCACUGUCCUGCUCAAUCCUAUCAGCAUCUUCAUGACGCACCUGUCGAACUACGGGAACGACCGCCUGGGUUUGUUCACCUUCAGACGUCUGCUCGACUUCCUGCUCACCUGGACGCACCUGAAACUACGGACCCUCCCUCCGCUGCAGCUGGCCGACAAAUACUUCCAGAUGUUCCCGUCUGACGCCGAGCCGCUCUGGCAGGACCCCUGUGAGGAUAAAAGACACAAAGACAUUUGGUCCAAGGAGAAAACCUGUGACCGGUUCCCAAAACUGCUGCUCAUUGGCCCUCAGAAGACAGGAACGACGGCUCUCUAUCUGUUUUUGGGGAUGCAUCCUGAUCUCAGCAGUAACUACCCCAAUAAAGAGACGUUUGAGGAGAUUCAGUUCUUCAGCGGUCACAAUUAUCACCGGGGCAUUGACUGGUACAUGGAGUAUUUCCCCCUCCCGUCCAACAGCAGCUCGGAUUAUUAUUUUGAGAAAAGUGCCAGUUAUUUUGAUUCAGAUGCAGCUGCGGUCCGAGCCUCAGCGCUGCUGCCCAAAGCCAGAAUCAUCACGGUCCUGAGUGACCCUGUGGACCGAGCCUACGCCUGGUACCAGCAUCAGAGAGCACAUGUUGACCCUGUGGCUCUGAAAUAUUCUUUCCAUGAUGUCAUCACGGCAUCCCACAAUGCACCUGUGAAGCUGCAGAUCCUGCAAAAGCGUUGUCUGGCUCCAGGAUGGUACGCCACACACCUCUCCCGCUGGCUCCAGCACUACCACCGCGACCAGAUUCUGGUUGUGGAUGGUCAGACAUUGAAAACGGAGCCAGCAUCCGUCAUGGAGAAGAUCCAGACAUUUCUGGGUUUGGAGAAUCGAGUCGAUUACCAUAAAAUUCUAGCGUUUGACCCCAAGAAAGGCUUCUGGUGUCAGCUGCUGGACGGAGGAAAGACCAAGUGUUUAGGGAAGAGUAAAGGACAGAGAUACGCAGACAUGGACAUACAAUCUCAGGUGUUUUUGAGGAAGUACUACAGAGAGGCUAACAUCAAGCUCUCUAAACUGCUCUAUAAGACGGGUCAGGUUCUGCCCGGCUGGCUCAGAGAGGACCUGCUCAACAUCAGGUAACAGAGGCUCAAACGUCUGAAGUGCCCCGAGACUCAGGAGGAGCAAACCACUUCUGACUGAAGAUUGUUCUUACUUAGACGAGUUUGAACUAAAAACCCACUUAGUUCUUUAAAACUCACAGAUACUAAUUUCGUAAUUAUUUAAAGGCCAGUAAUUAUGAACUGACUCGUAUCUGACUGCGCUGAACUAAUAUGAAGAUCUUGAAACAUGUUGCUGCAGAAACAGAGACUCUGGAACUUGUACAAUAUUUUUUACUCAACAAAUUUGAUAAGGACUCAAUAUGAUUUUGUAAAGUCAGAAAUCAUGCCAACGAACUGUGAAGUUUGAUAUGGACAUUAACAUUUUUAAAAAUUAUUUUUAGCUAAUUCUUUGUUUUUGUUUGCUCGGGAUGGUUUUACAUUUUCUAACGUGGACUUUUGAAGGAGUCAAAUUACUUACCUUCAUGUUGCUUUAAACAGAAGACUUUCUUACUUAGAAAAAUUGUUGAGCUCCAACAGUGACAGAAAGAGUCUCAUCAAACAGUAGUGCGCUAUAACCCACCUCUUCAUGAUUCUUGUGAUGCCUAAAUGACAAACAGACUGAAAUUUCAUUAUGUAAGAUGAAUUAUAUAAAAUAUCUCUUGUGUUCCUUGGAAGAAUGUCAUACAGGUUCAAACAAAAAGUGUGAAAAAUCAUUGUUUUUGGGUGAAUUGUCCAUUCUCAUCUUACAAUUUAAAGUGCCAUUUAAGUGUGUUUUUUUGUGUGGGAGCAGCCUGUUAAUGUCAGUUUGUUGGUUUAUUUUUUUCAUUAAACAGAAAACUGGUGAUUUUAUUUUAAGAUAAAUGUGUUAUUAAAGCAAUAGCUCACCCACAACCACAAACCGUAUCUUGUUUGCUCUCGAUGUCUCUCGAUGGACACCAAAUGUUUUUCUUUUCGGUGAAACUGAACACACCACGGGCUCUCACAUCUGCAUUUUUAUUUAUUUAUAUAGGCUACUUUUUUUUUCCAUAAAGGUCACCUGCCAUUUGUGUUUACUAGAACUGGUUAUGUAUUUCUGUCAUGCAUGAAUGUGAAAUAGUAUAUUGAAUAUUGGGCCAAUGUUUAAAAAAUAACGUGACAUCUUGAAAAACCUGUCACUGUUUUAUUACUACAGGGGUUAUAUGGUAGCUCCCAAAAACAGGGAUAUUAACACAGUUUCUAAGGAUUAUUGAUAUGGUCGUUUGAAUAUACUUAGGCAGAUCGAAGCAUCUCUCACUACAUGAUUCAGGAAUUAAUUCUCAUGUUUUCUUUGCCUGAGAUCUGACCUGGUCAAACACAUGCAGAUUACAGCAAAAUAAACCACACUGUUACUAAAACUGGAAA